AUGCAGGGAAUAGUGCAGAGCACUAACCUCCUCACUCCCAUCACCCGCACUAACCACCUCACUCCCAUCACCCGCACUAACCAAAUCACUCCGAUCACCCGCACUAACCGCCUCACUCCGAUCACCCGCACUAACCGCCUCACUCCGAUCACCUGCACUAACCUCCUCACUCUGAUCACCCGCACUAACCGCCUCACUCCGAUCACCCGCACUAACCACCUCACUCCGAUCACCCGCACUAACCUCCUCACUCCGAUCACCCGCACUAACCACCUCACUCCGAUCACCUGCACUAACCUCCUCACUCUGAUCACCCGCACUAACCGCCUCACUCCGAUCACCCGCACUAACCACCUCACUCCGAUCACCUGCACUAACCUCCUCACUCUGAUCACCCGCACUAACCACCUCACUCCGAUCACCCGCACUAACCUCCUCACUCCGAUCACCCGCACUAACCACCUCACUCCGAUCACCCGCACUAACCUCCUCACUCCCAUCACCCGCACUAACCUCCUCACUCCCAUCACCCGCACUAACCGCCUCACUCCGAUCACCUGCACUAACCUCCUCACUCUGAUCACCCGCACUAACCACCUCACUCCGAUCACCCGCACUAUCCACCUCACUCCGAUCACCUGCACUAACCACCUCACUCCGAUCACCCGCACUAACCGCCUCACUCCGAUCACCCGCACUAACCGCCUCACUCCGAUCAUCCGCACUAACCACCUGACUCCGAUCACCUGCACUAACCUCCUCACUCUGAUCACCCGCACUAACCGCCUCACUCCGAUCACCCGCACUAACCACUUCACUCCGAUCACCCGCAUUAACCUCCUCACUCCGAUCACCCGCACUAACCACCUCACUCCGAUCACCUGCACUAACCUCCUCACUCUGAUCACCCGCACUAACCGCCUCACUCCGAUCACCCGCACUAACCGCCUCACUCCAAUCACUUGCACUAACCGCCUCACUCCGAUCACUUGCACCAACCGCCUCACUCCGAUCACCCGCACUAACCGCCUCACUCCCAUCACCCGCACUAACCGCCUCACUCCGAUCACCUGCACUAACCGCCUCACUCCGAUCACCUGCACUAACCUCCUCACUCCCAUCACCCGCACUAACCGCCUCACUCCCAUCACCCGCACUAACCGCCUCACUCCGAUCACCCGCAUUAACCUCCUCACUCCGAUCACCCGCACUAACCACCUCACUCCGAUCACCUGCACUAACCUCCUCACUCUGAUCACCCGCACUAACCGCCUCACUCCGAUCACCCGCACUAACCGCCUCACUCCAAUCACUUGCACUAACCGCCUCACUCCGAUCACUUGCACCAACCGCCUCACUCCGAUCACCCGCACUAACCGCCUCACUCCCAUCACCCGCACUAACCGCCUCACUCCGAUCACCUGCACUAACCGCCUCACUCCGAUCACCUGCACUAACCUCCUCACUCCCAUCACCCGCACUAACCGCCUCACUCCCAUCACCCGCACUAACCGCCUCACUCCGAUCACCUGCACUAAUCUCCUCACUCCGAUCAUCCGCACUAACCACCUCACUCCGAUCACCUGCACUAACCUCCUCACUCUGAUCACCCGCACUAACCGCCUCACUCCGAUCACCCGCACUAACCACCUCACUCCCAUCACCCGCACUAACCACCUCACUCCGAUCACCCGCACUAACCGCCUCACUCCGAUCACCCGCACUAACCGCCUCACUCCGAUCACCCGCACUAACCGCCUCACUCCGAUCACCCGCACUAACCACCUCACUCCGAUCACCCGCACUAACCUCCUCACUCCGAUCACCCGCACUAACCGCCUCACUCCGAUCACCCGCACUAACCACCUCACUCCGAUCACCCGCACUAACCUCCUCACUCCGAUCACCCGCACUAACCACCUCACUCUGAUCACCCGCACUAACCUCCUCACUCUGAUCACCCGCACUAACCGCCUCACUCCGAUCACCCGCACUAACCACCUCACUCCGAUCACCCGCACUAACCACCUCACUCCGAUCACCCGCACUAACCUCCUCACUCCCAUCACCCGCACUAACCUCCUCACUCCCAUCACCCGCACUAACCGCCUCACUCCCAUCACCCGCACUAUCCACCUCACUCCGAUCACCUGCACUAACCACCUCACUCCGAUCACCCGCACUAACCGCCUCACUCCGAUCACCCGCACUAACCGCCUCACUCCGAUCAUCCGCACUAACCACCUGACUCCGAUCACCUGCACUAACCUCCUCACUCUGAUCACCCGCACUAACCGCCUCACUCCGAUCACCCGCACUAACCACUUCACUCCGAUCACCCGCAUUAACCUCCUCACUCCGAUCACCCGCACUAACCACCUCACUCCGAUCACCUGCACUAACCUCCUCACUCUGAUCACCCGCACUAACCGCCUCACUCCGAUCACCCGCACUAACUGCCUCACUCCAAUCACUUGCACUAACCGCCUCACUCCGAUCACUUGCACCAACCGCCUCACUCCGAUCACCCGCACUAACCGCCUCACUCCCAUCACCUGCACUAACCUCCUCACUCCCAUCACCCGCACUAACCGCCUCACUCCCAUCACCCGCACUAACCGCCUAGCUCCGAUCACCUGCACUAAUCUCCUCACUCCGAUCAUCCGCACUAACCACCUCACUCCGAUCACCUGCACUAACCUCCUCACUCUGAUCACCCGCACUAACCGCCUCACUCCGAUCACCUGCACUAACCGCCUCACUCCGAUCACCUGCACUAACCUCCUCACUCCCAUCACCCGCACUAACCGCCUCACUCCCAUCACCCGCACUAACCGCCUCACUCCCAUCACCCGCACUAACCGCCUCACUCCGAUCACCCGCACUAACCGCCUCACCCCCAUCACCCGUACUAACCUCCUCACUCCCAUCACCCGCACUAACCGCCUCACUCCCAUCACCCGCACUAACCGCCUCACUCCGAUCACCCGCACUAACCGCCUCACUCCGAUCACCCGCACUAACCGCCUCACCCCCAUCACUCGCACUAACCUCCUCACUCCGAUCACCUGCACUAACCGCCUCACUCCGAUCACCUGCACUAACCUCCUCACUCCGAUCAUCCGCACUAACCACCUCACUCCGAUCACCUGCACUAACCUCCUCACUCUGAUCACCCGCACUAACCGCCUCACUCCAAUCACCUGCACUAACCGCCUCACUCUGAUCACCUGCACUAACCUCCUCACUCCCAUCACCCGCACUAACCGCCUCACUCCCAUCACCCGCACUAACCGCCUCACUCCGAUCACCCGCACUAACCGCCUCACUCCGAUCACCCGCACUAAACGCCUCACCCCCAUCACCCGCACUAACCUCCUCACUCCCAUCACCCGCACUAACCGCCUCACCCCCAUCACCCGCACUAACCUCCUCACUCCCAUCACCCGCACUAACCGCCUCACUCCGAUCACCUGCACUAACCGCCUCACUCCGAUCACCCGCACUAACCUCCUCACUCCGAUCACCCGCACUAACCGCCUCACUCCCAUCACCCGCACUAACCACCUCACUCCAAUCACCUGCACUAACCACCUCACCCCCAUCACCCGCACUAACCGCCUCACUCCCAUCACCCGCACUAACCGCCUCACUCCCAUCACCCGCACUAACCGCCUCACUCCGAUCACCCGCACUAACCACCUCACUCCCAUCACCCGCACUAACCACCUCACUCCGAUCACCCGCACUAACCGCCUCACUCCGAUCACGCGCACUAACCGCCUCACUCCCAUCACCCGCACUAACCACUUCACUCUGAUCACCCGCACUAACCGCCUCACUCCGAUCACCCGCACUAACCACCUCACUCCGAUCACCCGCACUAACCACCUCACUCCGAUCACCCGCACUAACCACCUAACUCCGAUCACCCGCACUAACCUCCUCACUCCCAUCACCCGCACUAUCCACCUCACUCCGAUCACCCGCACUAUCCACCUCACUCCGAUCACCUGCACUAACCGCCUCACUCCGAUCACCCGCACUAACCGCCUCACUCCGAUCACCCGCACUAACCGCCUCACUCCGAUCACCCGCACUAACCGCCUCACUCCGAUCACCCGCACUAACCACCUCACUCCGAUCACCCGCACUAACCUCCUCACUCCGAUCACCCGCACUAACCGCCUCACUCCAAUCACCCGCACUAACCACCUCACUCCGAUCACCCGCACUAACCUCCUCACUCCGAUCACCCGCACUAACCACCUCACUCUGAUCACCCGCACUAACCUCCUCACUCUGAUCACCCGCACUAACCGCCUCACUCCGAUCACCCGCACUAACCACCUCACUCCGAUCACCCGCACUAACCUCCUCACUCCGAUCACCCGCACUAACCACCUCACUCCGAUCACCCGCACUAACCACCUCACUCCGAUCACCCGCACUAACCUCCUCACUCCGAUCACCCGCACUAACCACCUCACUCUGAUCACCCGCACUAACCUCCUCACUCUGAUCACCCGCACUAACCGCCUCACUCCGAUCACCCGCACUAACCACCUCACUCCGAUCACCCGCACUAACCUCCUCACUCCGAUCACCCGCACUAACCUCCUCACUCCCAUCACCCGCACUAACCUCCUCACUCCCAUCACCCGCACUAACCGCCUCACUCCCAUCACCCGCACUAACCGCCUCACUCCGAUCACCCGCACUAACCGCCUCACUCCGAUCACCCGCACUAACCGCCUCACCCCCAUCACCCGCACUAACCGCCUCACCCCCAUCACCCGAACUAACAUCCUCACUUCGAUCACCCGCACUAACCGCCUCACUCCGAUCACCUGCACUAACCGCCUCACUCCGAUCACCCGCACUAACCGCCUCACUCCGAUCACCCGCACUAACCGCCUCACUCCGAUCACCCGCACUAACCGCCUCACCCCCAUCACCCGCACUAACCACCUCACCCCCAUCACCCGAACUAACCUCCUCACUCCGAUCACCCGCACUAUCCACCUCACUCCGAUCACCUGCACUAACCGCCUCACUCCGAUCACCCGCACUAACCGCCUCACUCCGAUCACCCGCACUAACCGCCUCACUCCGAUCACCCGCACUAACCACCUCACUCCUAUCACCUGCACUAACCUCCUGACUCUGAUCACCCGCACUAACCGCCUCACUCCGAUCACCCGCACUAACCACCUCACUCCGAUCACCCGCACUAACCUCCUCACUCCGAUCACCCGCACUAACCGCCUCACUCCGAUCACCCGCACUAACCACCUCACUCCGAUCACCCGCACUAACCUCCUCACUCCGAUCACCCGCACUAACCACCUCACUCUGAUCACCCGCACUAACCUCCUCACCCGCACUAACCGCCUCACUCCGAUCACCCGCACUAACCACCUCACUCCGAUCACCCGCACUAACCUCCUCACUCCGAUCACCCGCACUAACCUCCUCACUCCCAUCACCCGCACUAACCUCCUCACUCCCAUCACCCGCACUAACCGCCUCACUCCCAUCACCCGCACUAACCGCCUCACUCCGAUCACCCGCACUAACCGCCUCACUCCGAUCACCCGCACUAACCGCCUCACUCCGAUCACCCGCACUAACCGCCUCACUCCGAUCAUCCGCGCUAACCACCUCACUCCGAUCACCUGCACUAACCUCCUCACUCUGAUCACCCGCACUAACCGCCUCACUCCGAUCACCCGCACUAACCGCCUCACUCCGAUCACCCGCACUAACCGCCUCACUCCGAUCACCUGCACUAACCUCCUCACUCCGAUCACCCGCACUAACCACCUCACUCCGAUCACCUGCACUAACCUCCUCACUCUGAUCACCCGCACUAACCGCCUCACUCCGAUCACCCGCACUAACCGCCUCACUCCGAUCACCCGCACUAACCGCCUCACUCCGAUCACCCGCACUAACCGCCUCACUCCGAUCACCCGCACUAACCACCUCACUCCGAUCACCUGCACUAACCUCCUCACUCUGAUCACCCGCACUAACCACCUCACUCCGAUCACCCGCACUAACCACCUAACUCCGAUCACCCGCACUAACCUCCUCACUCCCAUCACCCGCACUAUCCACCUCACUCCGAUCACCCGCACUAUCCACCUCACUCCGAUCACCUGCACUAACCGCCUCACUCCGAUCACCCGCACUAACCGCCUCACUCCGAUCACCCGCACUAACCGCCUCACUCCGAUCACCCGCACUAACCGCCUCACUCCGAUCACCCGCACUAACCACCUCACUCCGAUCACCCCGCACUAA